AUGUCUCAACUACAAGGACUCUUCAACGCAGCAGUGCAGCCUCUGCCUGAAAUCCACAAUCCCAAGUUCGCCUCCCACUUUGACACCUUCGCAGGCAAGCAGGUGAUCCUCCUAGGCGACGGCAGCCACGGAACAUCCGAAUUCUACUCUGCCCGGGCCGAGAUCACCAAGCGCCUCAUCGAACAACAUGGCUACACCAUGGUUGCCGUCGAAGCCGACUGGCCAGACGCCGAAGCUAUCGACCGCUACGUGCGUCUGCGUCCCGGCCCACAAGCCCAAAUCGGCGGGAAAGCCAAAGGCUUCGAGCCCUUCAAGCGCUUCCCGACCUGGAUGUGGCGGAACCGAGAAAUGCAACAACUAGUCGAAUGGAUGCGCGAUCGAAACCAGAAACUCCCAGUAGAGCGGCGAGCCGGCUUCUAUGGACUCGACCUGUACAGCAUGGGCGCCUCGAUCGGAGCCGUGAUCGACUACCUGGACCGGGUGGAUCCACAGGCGAGCAAGCAGGCGCGCCAGCGGUACGGGUGUCUGGAGCCCUGGGUUGACGAUCCUACUGCGUAUGGUCUGGCGUCGCUCCGUGGCAUGGAAGACUGCGAAGCACCCGUCAUGAAGAUGCUAUCGGAUCUCCUGGCGCGACGGCUUGAGUACGCGGAUCGCAGCGUACAGAACGGUGAGGAGAUCCACAGCAGCGAGCAGAAUGCUCAUCUUGUCAAGGAUGCGGAGAAGUAUUACAAGGCUAUGUACUACAGCUCGGCUAGUUCGUGGAAUAUGCGUGACAUGCAUAUGUUCGAGACAUUGGAACGCCUAUUGAAGCAUAGAGAGGGCCAGAAGGCAAUUGUGUGGGCGCAUAAUUCGCAUGUUGGAGAUGCGCGCUUCACGAGUAUGGGAUUCCGUCGUAAGGAGCUGAAUAUCGGGCAGCUUUGUCGUGAGCGACUGGGUCGUGAGAAUGUUACUAUUCUCGGGUGUGGAACCCAUACUGGCACUGUUGCGGCGGCUCAUGAGUGGGAUGAUGAUAUGGAGGUCAUGGCUGUUCGUCCGUCUCGGGAUGAUAGUUGGGAGAUUGUUGCUCAUGAUACUGGGGUGCCGCGGUUCGUGAUUGACUUGCGUCAGGAAAAAAUCGAUCCUGCUUUGCGCUCUGCUCUCGCCGAUGAGCAACGGCUUCAACGCUUCAUUGGUGUUAUCUAUCGUCCGGAGACGGAGCGCGCUUCGCAUUAUUCACAGGCUUUCAUUCACAAGCAGUUUGAUGGUUAUGUCUGGUUUGAUGUGUCUCACGCUGUCCAGCCUUUGGAAGUCAUUCAGCCCGAUACUCCACUUGGACAGGGCGAGACUUACCCUUUCGGACUCUAA